AUGGAUUCCAAUCUCGGCCACGGGGUCACCACACGCAGCCACAGCUCGCGAUGCGAUGUCUGCUCGCUCUCAUUCCCCACGAGGAAGGAGCUGAAGCGGCACCAGAGCGUAGCGCAUGAAAAGGGCCUGGCUUUCAGGUGUCGUAUUGACGGGUGCAUCAAGGCACGAAGCGGCCACAUCUAUAACAGGCGUGACAACUUUGUACGGCACCUCAAGACGGCUCACACCGACACAGGCAACUUUGACAUGGAAGACAUGGUGAAGACUUGUGGUUUCACAAGAGGCAGCGAGGCAGACAAGCACGCUCGACGCAGGAAGUGA